ACCACACUCCACUGCUCACCGAAUCCCAUUCCGUUUAGCAGACAACACACCAUUUUUCUCACUCUCUCGAUAAACACCCACAUGAUGGCGGCGGCUACAGCUUCUGCGAAUUCCCUUUCGUCUGCCUUCUUUUCUCGCCAAAGUUUUCCGGUGAGCUCAAACCAUAACUUCAAAUGUGGAAAGAUAGAGAAAAAGUUCACAAGAGGUGGGUUCCCGAAAAUAAGAGCAGUAUUUGAGCUAAAGCCUCCACCAUAUCCCAUGAAUGCAUUGGAGCCUCAUAUGAGUCGCCAAACAUUUGAAUACCACUGGGGAAAACAUCACAGGGCUUAUGUUGACAACUUAAACAAGCAAAUCGCUGGAACGGAACUGGAUGGGGCGUCAUUAGAAGACAUUGUAUUGGUCACAUACAACAACGGUGAUAUGCUUCCUGCAUUCAACAAUGCUGCACAGGCUUGGAAUCACGCUUUCUUCUGGGAGUCUAUGAAACCAGGUGGAGGAGGAGACCCAUCAGGUGAACUACUAGAGCUAAUCAAUAGAGAUUUCGGUUCGUUUGAGACAUUUGUAAAGGAGUUCAAGGCUGCUGCAGCAACACAAUUUGGUUCUGGCUGGGCAUGGCUUGCAUACAAGGCCAAUAAACUUAAUGUGGGAAAUGCAGUAAAUCCCGUUCCAUCAGACGAAGACAAGAAGCUUGUAAUUGUUAAAACUCCCAAUGCUGUAAACCCUCUUGUCUGGGAUUACUCUCCACUCCUAACAAUAGAUGUUUGGGAGCAUGCUUACUACCUAGACUACCAGAAUCGACGCCCCGACUACAUUUCUAUUUUUAUGGAGAACCUUGUAUCGUGGGAAGCAGUCAGUGCUCGGUUAGAGGCAGCAAAGGCUCGGGCUAUUGAGCGCGAGCAAGAAGAGAAAAGAAGGCUUAAGGAAGAAGAAGAGGGUGAACUAAGAAGCACUGACCCUAGUGAGGUGUUUAUUGAAAGUGAUACAGAUUCUGAAGCUGAAUCUGAAUGAUUUUUGUUCUUUUUCUGUAGCAGAUGUAAUGCUUUUUUGCUUGUUUCACAAAAUUGAAAGGUUUAAAUGUGCUACAGUCUGGCAAACAAAAUUAUUUCAAUUUAGAAACUGUACUUUGUCA